AUGCCCAAGCAGAUGCAAAAAGACGUAUACACUGAUGAUGGACCGGCUAGCGUGGUCAUCCUUGCAGGGAGCCUCUUAGACGCGGCUGAAAAGCUUUUGGCCACAGGAUUCCAUCCAACCAGCAUUGCUGAGAGCUUUUCGCGCGCAGCAAUCAAAAGCGUGGGAUUUCUUGUCACAAUUCCUACCCUGGUUGAUCUCAAUGAUUGUGACUUGUCAAUUCGCACUACAAUCAGCUGGGACGCUCGCCAGAUCAACUGGGUCAUUGCGGGAUCCAUGGCCAUCAUGGCCAUCCUUACUAUCAUUGUCUCCGCCUAA